ACAUAUCCACAUCACGGACAGAGGACACUCGGUAUGGACAGACUUCAAUUACCAUAGGUGACUUAUUCCUGUAGCGCCGUCGGCGUGACGUGAGGGGAGAGGUGCAUCACCGAACAUUCUCCAGUUGUUCAGCUCAGCCGACAAGAGUCCAGCUCUUUGCCAGCGUAUGAAAGCGAAGAGAUGUCUCCGUCACCUGCGGUUACCCCACCGACAAAGCUGAAGUACAUCUCCCUGGGGGUCCUCGUGCUGCAGAACACGACGCUGGUGCUGACCAUGCGCUAUUCUCGCACUCUCAAGGAAGACGGCCCGCGCUACCUGGCCUCAUCCGCAGUGGUGUCGGCCGAGAUGUUUAAGAUACUGGCCUGCAUUUUUCUCAUCUUCAGGGACCAUAAAUUUAGCUGGAGGGCUUUGAAUCAUGUGUUGAGGGAGGAGAUCGUGAACAAGCCCAAAGAAACCCUCAAGCUCGCAAUUCCAUCUGGCAUCUACACAUUCCAAAAUAACUUGCUCUACGUCGCCCUCUCCAACCUGGACGCUGCCACUUACCAGGUAACCUAUCAGCUGAAGAUCUUGACCACAGCGCUGUUCUCCAUGUCCAUGCUAGGGAAGAGACUGGGGAUCUACCAGUGGCUUUCUCUGCUCGUCCUGAUGGCUGGGAUUGUUCUUGUCCAGUGGCCAGCCGAGGCACCAGGAACUCCCGAGCAAACAGAGGCCUCGUCCAGCUCCCAGCUGGUUGGAGUGUUGGCUGUUCUGGCCGCGUGCUGCUCCAGUGGCUUUGCUGGUGUUUACUUUGAGAAAAUUCUCAAGGAGACCACACAAAGUGUAUGGAUCCGGAACAUCCAGUUGGGUUUAUCCGGGCUCAUCUUUGGUCUGAUGGUCAUGUUUGUUCAUGAUGGAGAGGCUGUCAGAGAGUCCAGUAUGUUCCGGGGAUACAACAGACUCACAUGGACAGUUGUUCUGUUACAGGCUUUUGGUGGUUUGGUCAUUGCAACUGUAAUCAAAUAUGCAGACAACAUUUUGAAGAGCUUUGCCGCACCGUUCUCAAUAAUUUUGUCCUGUUUCAUCUCUUACCUCUGGCUCGCGGACUUUGAUCCUACCAGUUUGUUCUUCCUUGGCACGGUGCUGGUCAUCGCCGCCACGGUUCUGUACGGAUACGGGGAAAGGCUGAAGGCAGCUGGGAGCUCACAGAGUGUGUAAAGAGGCCAGGCACCGCCGCACAGGAGGAAGUGGAACACAGCGAGGGUCCGCAGCAGGGAGGGGAGACCAGGGUUCCAACAACGGGUGGAGAAGAGACGAUGAGAUGAAAUGAAACGGCAUCGGGUUGCACAUCAGUGGGACAGGCCGUUUGAGUGAACAAAGAGACGAUGGAAAAAUGCACUAACAAGAGGAGACAGUUCGCCUCUGCAUCGAGGUCUCAGUGCUCAAUGCUCUACAACUGAUCGUUGGUAAUCAUGCAUCUGAUGGCGCACACAACAAACAGUCAGUCAGGUCAGGAAGCUGAGCUCUGAGGAGCUUGGACAUGUUUACUGGGACGAGGCGAUGCUGGGGCAGUAUGGGAUUGUUCUCAGUAGAAUUUCUGUUACAAGAGUAUAGCCUGAGGGCUCAAUGGAUGGAUGGAUAUCUAUGUACUGUACAAUGGAGUCUCUACAGCAUUUGAAGAGAGAAAUGAUGAUCAAUAAAGCUCAUGCAUACAAAUCUCAAGUGUUAAGCUGAAGCUCCUCCAUUGAAGCGUACAGCAUUUAUUUCAGAAGCACAAUUCUAUGUGGUCAUUACGAUUACAUUGGUAUUUUGGCUGCGAGUGACCACAAUUA